AGCGCGGGCUGUGUAGCGCGCACACACACACCCCAAUUAUUUCUUGCGCUCUUCACCUAAAUAAAAGUGCAUUCAUCAAACAGUUCUGUGCACAUUCUCGACUUCGCACUAUUUUAAACUUUCUCCAAAAAGAUUUUUGGAUUUCAAAUCUGGGGUCAAAUUUUCAUGAAUUCUAGCAAGAAAGUGGCACAUGCCGUCGGCGGUAAAACUGCCCGAGCGUGUGACAGCUGCAUAAAAAAGAGAGCUCGUUGGUACUGCGCUGCUGACGACGCUUUCUUAUGCGAAGCCUGCGACUCCGACGUGCACUCCGCCAACCAAUUGGCCCGUCGGCACGAAAGGGUUCUCUUGAAGACGGCGUCGUCUCUCAAACCUAGCAACAAAGAUGAUAGAACGACCGCUGUUUCGAAGACCUCGGCGGCACCGUCUUGGCACCGCGGGUUCACGCGGAAGCCGCGAACGCCGCGGGGCGGGAAGUCCAUGACACAUCAUGGAAAAUCCAAGGAAGGAAUCCGGAACCUGUUUCCGCAGGUUCCGGAAGUUGGGGGAGACGAUAAUAACUCGUACGAUGAAGAAAAUGAGGAAGACCAGCAGCUGCUUUAUAGGGUUCCGAUAUUCGAUCCGUCUGUUGCGGAGCUGUGCAGUAACUCUGGUAACUCUAGUGAAGAUGCAGCUGCGAAUUACGAAGCUAACAAUCUUAGUACUGUUUCUGAUAAUGUUGGAAGCCAAUCCAAAGCAGUUUCGUCGUUGCCGAAUUGUAACGGCCAUGAUGGGUUUCUGCUUCCGAGCGACAUGGAUCUUGCGGAGUUCGCGGCUGACGUGGAUAGUUUGCUGGGGAGGGGCCUCAAUGACGAUCAGUGUAUUGGGAUGGAAGGGUUAGGGUUGAGGGAUUGUAAAGAAAAGGAAUCGAAAGGUAGAGUGAAGUUAGAGGAGGAUGAUGAUCAAGAUGGAAUAGACGGUGUUGAUUUUAUGGGGUGCCAAUUGGGGGAGAGUGAGAUUGAUAUGAUGAAGGAGCCUUUUGUUUUGAAUUUUGAAGAUUAUGAUGACUCGCCAGCAUCGUGCGGUGAGCAGGAUGACAAAAUGAUAGUGGGAAUCGAUAGUAAUUGUACCGAAGAUCAUGAACAUGAGGAGGCGGACGAAGAUGCAAUAGAUAACAGCAAGAAGAGGAAGACGAUUUUGAGGCUGGAUUACGAGGCGGUGAUUACAGCCUGGGAUGGCUCCCCGUGGACCUCCGGUGACCGCCCGGAUUUCGACUCCGAAUGUUUGCCUGACUACAUGGGUGUAUGUGGACCUGGACUUCAUUACCCUUACGGAGAUUUGAACGGAAUCGGGGUACAUCCGGCAAUGGUGGACGGAGGGAGGGAGGCGAGGGUGUCAAGGUACAGAGAAAAGCGGAGAACAAGGCUGUUCUCGAAGAAAAUAAGGUACGAAGUUCGAAAGCUGAAUGCGGAGAAAAGGCCAAGAAUGAAAGGGAGGUUUGUCAAGAGAUCAUCCUUUGCCGGAUCUGCUUUUCCCGUGCUUGCCAAAUGAACGUCCACCGGUGGCUCGGCCCAUAAGUUUACCUUGUAGUAAACUUGAGUUUGUGUAUACAUGCACGCAGCGUGUAAAUCCAUUAAUUAAUAAAAUAAAUAUUUUUGACUGA